CUAUAAAAACACUAACAGAGUUUGAAAUUAACGAUAAUACCGAACAGCUCUGUCUUCAUUAUUCCACCCUGAUAAUUUGAGAGAAAACAGAGGAGAAAAUCACGCGGAGGGAGAGAGAGAAAGAGAGAGAGAGGGAGGGAGGGAGGGAGGGGAUUUAAACACCCGCCACUUUCAUUUGAUUUCGUGGGGGUGUUUGUAUUUUUGGCAGAGAGAGGGAAACCAGGAAAAGAAGAGGAAAACGAAGAAAAGUGCUUUGUGAGUGUGAGAGAAACUAUUGGUGAAUGGUGAGAAAGGAGGAGGAGAAGCAGAAGAAGGAGAAGGGAAUGCAACUUGGAAAAUACGAGCUGGGAAGGACUCUAGGCGAAGGCAAUUUCGGGAAAGUUAAACUGGCUAAGAACAUUGAGACUGGCCAACCUUUUGCUGUUAAGAUUCUUGAGAAGAACAGAAUCAUCGACCUCAAGAUCACCGAUCAGAUUAAAAGGGAGAUUGCAACUUUGAAGCUCCUCAAGCAUCCAAACGUUGUCAGAUUACAUGAGGUAUGUUUAAUAAAAGCAUCCACUUUUGUUACUCAAUUCCCUUAUUAGAAACAGAAAUACAAGGAGUUUUUUUUUUUUUUGUUAUU